ACACCUGUUGAUCUGUAAUUUGCGUGGCUGCCAACUGAGUGAGCGCUGCACAGUCAUCUCAGAUCAAAGCUUUGCUUUGUUAACACUGACAGUCUACAAUGAUGCAGAAAGACAACAUUCCCAUCUGCAGACUGUGUGCAUGUAAUAGGGAGACUGGCAUGUUGCUGUCACAUAAAAAAUACUUACAAAGUCCACAUUGAUUGACUCACCAAACCACCUGCGCGUCCAGAGGCGACGUGAAAUCUCAACUGAGAUCAGCAAUUAUCCAAAAGUCACCCUUCAUGUCCUCUGGGAUGAAAUGUCGCAGAUAAGUCAGAGCACACCAUCACAUCUGGCUGAAGGUUACCCUGUGACUAACUUGACCUUAGUCGUGCUUUUGCUCAUACCCUGUGUGGUGAUCCUGCUCCUGCUGAACUGCCUGUUCCUGGGCUACAAGUUAUUGAUCCUGAAAAAGAAGAACAAGAAGCGGGAGGACACAGAGGAGAUGCUGCUGCACUCCACCCUGCAGAGAGUCGGGAGACUGUCCGACACGGCGUUCCCCUCUCUGCAGGACGGGAGGAGAGCCUACAUGUCCCUGUCGGAGCCGAUCCUGCCCCAUCCCUUCACCUCCUCCAGGGCUUCAUCCAGGGAGAGGGCCGGAGGAGAUCACAGGAUCCGGCUCCUGAGGCCAGAUGGCGCCACCGGCUCACGGUCCCUGAGGGCACCGAGCACCAUCCGGGCCACGUCCUCUGCGACUGGUUUCACCCCGAGACUCGACCUGCCCUCUGGAUCGCGGACCUACAGCGCCAGUAAAGCGCGUUGGUGCAAAAGUGCACCGGUUCUACCGCAGUCCAGUGACUCAGAGGCUGAGACCAGAGUGAACCUGGUUCCGCCAAAUUCUCCAACGCAGGAGACAGAACACCUGCGUCGGAGCAGUACUCACGAGAUGAUGACGGAUGUGAACCCAGGUGUUGCUGUGCUCGUGUUGGACAAAGUGGACAUAGAGUGCGAGUACGCAAACCCGCCUUCAGAGGCGUCCUGCCUGCACUCAUCAGCAGUGGGACCUGGACUGGACAGCGACUUCGGUGCAAGUGCAGGUGUCUCGCUGCGGAUCCUGUCAGGCGACAGUGACGACCUGUCCAACGGCAUCCUGUCUUCAGCCCUGGAGUGGGACUAUUAUGACCCCUGUUAUGUCAAACAGAACAAUGUCCACAAACACAAACACCACAGACCUGCGGUGCACACCAAACAGUACUGGGUGUAAUAUGUCCCAGCUGUCAGUGUGAUGACAAGUUUUAAUGUAUAUUUAUUUUUUAUUUAUUUUAUUUAAAUAACAUGCAUGUUUUAGUCUUCACUUAUUGAGUUUGUCUCACUAAUAAUCACAAGUUUAAACCGACACAUUUUUGAACAUGCACUCUGCCACUGAAUUUGUUCAAACUGUGAAAUAUUUACUAUGCACCAGCACUUUUACUUUACUCUUUUUUUCACUUGAGUUAUGAAAUGUUCACUAUGCACUUCUUCACUUGUAUAAUAUUAAUUAGUCACACUUUCAUGUUAACAGGGCUGUCCAGCCAUCAUUCAUAAACACUCACAUUGAGUUUUAUAUUCACUGCUAUUUAUUUAAAUGUUUUUGAUUCACUCCAAGUAAUAAAGACUAAUUUAUAAUUAAA